ACCGCGCCUCUCUUUCUCUCAUCUUCCUCUUGACCACCACCUUGCAGCCGGGCUGCCUUUCCCUCAGUUCCUGCAUUCCCAAUAGCCUUGCUUGCAAUCGUUCUUCUUUCCCUUCAAGUCCUUCCCGACAUCAUGUUCUCCACGAUGAGCAUUGCUAAGGUUGCUUUGGUGGUAGUGGCCGGGGUGCAGCUCACCUCCGCUUUGUCGAUUUCGUCAAGCUGCUCAUCUACCCUCGCGCAACUCGUUACGUCCACCGAGACGACAUGCUUGAACGCACAGAGCCUCGUCGGGCUCAUCGUCUCGACGCAGAACGCGUCUGUAGUCACGACAGUCAACAACUGGCUCACUGGAAUGUGCUCUCAGUCGCUCUGCUCGAAUCAGACGCUGUCGGACGUCGUCACGAACGUCACCUCGGGCUGCGCGAGCGACCUCCAGUCGGCAGGCAUCAGCACGUCGGAUCCCAGUUCGCUCGUCUCGAUGGUGCAGCAGUACUACCCUACUGCGCGCCAGGCCGCGUGCUUGGCUGACACGUCGAACAAUAAGACGCUCUGCGCCACUGAGCUGUUGACCAACAUUCAGUCUCAGGUGGGUACCAUCACGAAGAACACCUUACAGUCGGUUGUGUCGGAGAUUGCGGGGGGCAGCGUUGCCCUUGGCAGCAACGUCACCUGCACGGACUGCACGAAGGCGAUGUACAACCUCGCCGUGCAGGCUGACCCGGGUCUCGCGAGUACCUUGAACAGCACGGUUGUCGGUCAAUGCGGUGCCAGCUUCACUGAUGGCUCCGAGCCGUCAACGAUCACGCAGACCGCGAACAACGCUGCUGCCAGCACGACGAGCGGCGCGCUUUCGGUCUCCGCAAUGCCUCUGACUGCGGUCGCGCUCUCAUCGCUUGUUGCUGUUUCGUCCGCGUUCGCUCUGUUCGCUUGAUCGACUGUUGCCCGGACACGCACGGACACAGACUCGUCUCUCGCUCGGACACAUCCACUAUUGUAGCGCCUAGUCAUCGCACAGCCUUUCGGACUGUCUCUUUCU